AGUGCCUGCCACUACCAGACGCCCCCAAACCAAAACGAACAAACUCCAAUCAAUCAAACAACAACCUGUCCAAACCAUUUCAAAAAAGUAAGCAACCUCUCAGUUAAAUUGAAUGCUGUGCUGAAAAUAAUUUUUAAGUUUAUAAUCAUAAUUAGUUAUGGGAACGGGUUCGGAGUCGGAGUCCGACGCCAACGCCAACGGAUGGGGCAGAGCUCGAGGACUGGUAGUCAAAACAGUGGUGCUCAUAGGCGGCGCUUUUCUCCUCAAACGUCUCACCAAAUCUAAAACUCGAUGGGACCAUGCCCGUAUUGUUGCCGACGCCCUUACUGGCGAAAAGUUUUCGAGGGAACAGGCGUCUAGAGAUCCUGAUAAUUACUUCAAUAUCAGAAUGGUGACGUGCCCGGCAGCCGAGAUGGUUGAUGGUUCGAAGGUCUUAUAUUUUGAGCAAGCAUUUUGGAGGACUCCUCAAAAGCCCUUUCGACAGAGAUUUUAUAUGGUCAAGCCUUGCCCAAAAGAAUUGAAAUGUGAUGUUGAGGUAAAUUCAUCUGCCAUUAGAGAAGUUGAGGAGUAUAAAAACUUCUGUGAUCGCUCAAAGGAUCAGCGCCCACUGCCUGAAGAAGUUAUUGGUGACAUUGGAGAACAUUUGACAACUGUUUAUCUCAGACGCUGUGACCGUGGAAAACGCUGCUUAUAUGAAGGUUCAUCUCCACCAGGCGGAUUCCCAAAUUCUUGGAAUGGGGCUACCCACUGUACUUCAGAACUUGCAGUGUUGAAGAAUAAUGAGAUACAUACCUGGGAUAGAGGCUACGAUGAUGAUGGAAAUCAAGUGUGGGGAGUGAAAGAAGGUCCUUACGAGUUCAAACCGGCACCUAAUUCUAGUUUCAAUGACAUGUUCUCUCCUCUAAAUUUCCCUCCUCCGCUGUCCAUGGAGAAGAAAAUAGAGGGUUCAUUUGUCUUGCAAGAAUGAUAACUGGUUACUUGUAACAAUAGCAAUGUAAAUUUUAAACUUUUAAUAUCUGUCAAAUAUAUUUCCUUGACCAUUUUAGU